AUGUCAAUAGAGGUAACCCCUUUCAUAUUCCUGUUGAAUAUGCUUAGUGCCUUAACUAUGCCAAUUAUAUUCAUAAGAUACACAGCACAUGAAAGAAUCACUAUAAAGCCAGUUAGACUGGAUAUAUUAGAUACAAUUAAUAUAUCAGUUACAGUUAUGCUUACAUCCCUGUAUACAAUGUGGUCAUUAGGCUGCUUAAUAGGCAGUUACAGUGGGGUAUACAGAAUAUUCAUGUACCCCAUGGGACCAUCGUAUAAUAAUCUGUUAGUAAUGGAGAUAUUAAUAGAUAUAUUUAUGAAGGGUAUUAGUCUAUUAUCAUUGAGUGUGAUAUCUUUGCAAAUGAAAUGCACAGAAGUAUUAAGACCCUGGGGUAUAUGCUGUGGUAUAAUUAGUAUAAUACAAGGGAUAUGCAUGUGCUGCAUGAUGGUUAUAUUUAAGGGUACAUAUGGUUGGGUUAUAUUGUAUAUGCUUAGUAGUAUAUUAUCAUGUGGUAUAAUUAUAUUCAGUGUAUUAACGGGUAUAAUUAUACGGGGAUAUGUUGGACGUGAUAAUGUGUCUAAUUAUAUGUAUAAUAAUAUUAGUAUAUGGAGUAUGCGUAUAUGCCAUAUGAUAUUAGUAGGGAGUAUAUUGGAUCUGAUGUAUAAGAUGGGGAUGAUAUUGAUGGAGGUGAAUUUAUUACGGAAAUAUCAGGUUCUGAUUGAUUUAUUAUCACUAGGGAAGGCAGUUUCUGUGUUAGUGGCAGUUAUAUCUGCGUAUUCUGCCAGGAUACCAAAGGGGAAGGCAUAUGCUGGGUAG